AUGAGUGACUUGCCGCGGUCUGGGCGUCCCAGCCCUCCCGGCGGCGAGUUAGAUUUAACAGGAGGCGGUCAGGAUUCCGCCCUCCGGGAGAGGCGGGGGUCCUGUGGCCAGAGGCCGGCCUCCUCCCCGUCGAUCAGCCCGGACCCCGCUGCGCUGCCCGACCUUCUCUUCGACGCCCAGAGCGGGAGCCUCUGUACCCCCGCCCUCCGCACCAGCCAGCUUCAUCCAGUCGCAUGUGAAGUGGGCCCCCCCUCAGCAAUUACGAGCAGCUUUGGGGGCUGGUCGAGAAGCCCCCAUCACUGCGAGUGGGACAGCCGGGGCAGGGCUCCGUCCGGCGAGGAGCGCGGGCAGGUGACGGAAAAGCCCUGCGAGAGGCUGGAGGUGAGCCGGGACGCGGGGGCGGGCCCGGGAGCGGAGGGGUCGGGGGCAAAGCCGCCCGCCGUGGCUCCGGGCUGGGUUCGGGGGCUGCGGGUGGACGGGCUGCCCCCUCUCCCCAAAAGUCUGAGCGGGCUGCUGCACUCGGCGUCGGGCGGCGGCGCGUCGGGGGGCUGGCGGCACCUGGAGCGGCUGUACGCGCAGAAGUCGCGCAUCCAGGACGAGCUGAGCCGCGGGGGCCCGGGCGGCGGCGGGGCCCGGGCCGCGGCGCUGCCCGCCAAGCCUCCCAACCUGGACGCCGCGCUGGCCCUGCUUCGCAAGGAGAUGGUUGGCCUCCGACAGCUGGACAUGUCCUUGCUCUGCCAGCUGUACAGCCUCUACGAGUCCAUUCAGGAAUAUAAGGGAGCAUGCCAGGCAGCAUCCAGCCCAGACUGCACUUAUGCUCUGGAGAAUGGCUUCUUCGAGGAGGAGGAGGAAUAUUUCCAGGAGCAGAACUCCCUCCGUGAUGGGCGAGAACGAGGCCCUCCGAGGGACCUGUCACUGCCCGUCUCCCCCCUCUCCAGCAGUGACUGGAUUCUGGAGUCCAUCUGAAGGAUCUCAGGAGGGACGCGACUGUUACUGCUGGACACACUGUCAGCAGUGCUUCUUCUCUUGCAAGAAAGCUCGUCUGUCCUCCGCUGUGGGUGGUCCUUAGGCAUGUGGGACCAGUGCUGCCAGUUUACUUUGUAGGCAGGGAGAUGUCCAUGGACACAUGGUGGCAGUCUGUUUUGAUGGCUAGAGUUUCUGCUUAGGUGAUCUAGAAGUGCUCAGCAAUGUCUUACACAUCCUGGUACUGAGGCAGUCCUGCUGAGGAUUCAUAAGGAGAAUAUAACAAGACGAUUUCUGGGGAAGACCUUUUUGGGUAUUUCGUGCGAGACAACUUUGAGCUACUUCCUCCUUCCAGAUGUAGAUGAUUUCAUGCCCUCUUUGAUGUAGGGUUUGCCUCCAGCUUGCGAUGUAUUACAGCUAAUGUUUCUCUGCUCCCCUUCGUCAGUACAUUCUGCAGUCUUUCUUGCUGUUUCAUGAGCUUUUAAACCUCUUGGUUGAGCUUUGUUUGUUUGUAAACUGCAUUACUAACUGUCCAGGUGACUCAGUGAAAGCUUGUUACUGAAAAAGUAAACAUUUCAGGUCAGACCAAUCAACUGCAUUCUCUUAACCUGUCAAAAAAAUUGAUAUUCUUUGUCCAUCAGAUAUAGGAGGAAAGAAGAUAAUACAAAGAUAUAUUGAGUGGGG